CAGUGUAUUACGUCAUCGCGUAACAUUGUAGUUUCAUGCUUACUUUGACGCACGGUCCGACAAAAUGGCUUCAGUUCCACGGUUGUGUUUGUUACUGUCAAUUAUUCCCACAAUACUUAUAUUGUGUGCUGAUUUUGCGUGUUGCAACACUGGCAGAAAGACUGGUGAUGGGCUGGACACAGACUUCAGUGGAUUCUCUGUCCCUCUUGAGCAUUCCUUUGAAGUUGAUGAUGUGUCUCGGUUCCGUAUGCGUGGAGCUCUGCAGUUAAGAGGUGGGAGGGAGACGAGUGUGUCCCUCUCCCAGAGCCAGCUAUCAGAGGAGGACAGGAACACUCUGAAGGAAGUGGCUGCUGUGGAUGGUCUGUACAAAAUCCGAGUGCCCAGAGUGUCUUUGACAGACAGGCAGACAGAGCGCCAGAUGGAUGGCUACCUGACGGCGUUCGUCAGAGCGUGCUCUUUAGUUGAGUCCCACCUCAGCGAUGUCAUCACCCUCCACACUGAUGUCUCUGGCUACCUCAUCGGCGUUUCCAUAGUGACCAUUCCAGGCGCGUGUCGGGGGACAGAGGUGGAGGACGAAGUUGAUCUGGAGGCCUUUAAUACUACGCUGACCAUCAUACCGCCUACCAAUGCACCCCAGCCGGAGACUGCUCUGUUUAUUGAGCGCAUGGACAUAGAACAUGAAAAGAGAGGCAAGCCACAGGAGCAGAAAUCCUUCUUUGCCAAAUAUUGGAUGUACAUUGUUCCCCUCGUUCUCUUCCUGAUGAUGUCAGGAGCUCAGGAUCAGUCCGGGGGUGGAGCAGCUAAUGGAGGAGGCCGAUGAUCGCCAUGCCAACAUGAUUUAUGUGGAGCAGUUUCUUCUACUUGUAAAUAAUUAUGUAGAGAAAUGCACACCAUUCAACACACUGUUACACAUAAACUAAUAUGGACAGAUGAGCUAACCUUGAACGUAUGUCAUGAACUUCAUUUUUAAUAUUGAACUGAUGGGAAAAAUAAAAUAUUUAUUACUACCUGAUAA